AGGAUCCCCGAUCAUAUUGCUAUAAAAUUUUAAGAUUUGGCCUGGGUCAAAAGGGAAUUCAUUUUUAAUAGUGAACAGAGCAUUUUAAAGGCUAAAUAGCAUUGGGGUAAUAUCACAGUGCAUGCAAGUAUGCUAACAAGUAAAAGCACACUGAUCUGCACUUGAUCGUAAUUAGUUCAUUGUUGCUAUUAUAAUAAAAUAAUCUGGGAAAAUAUACUAAAAGACCAGCGUAUUUUUUAGUAUUGCUGGCAAUUUGGAUACUAUACACUGUGAGACAGAUGUGCGUGUCAUGUUAACUGUUUUCUCUUUCCUCUCUAUUGCUCUCUCAGAUAAACGAGCAGGAUGGUAGCACUGGUCCAGCUCGAUGUGGACAGACCGAAGCAGAAGCGAUGGAGGAAACAACGCCAGACCCCGCGUUCGUGGAUGUGGACCAGGGCUUGACUCUGGCAUGCAUUGCUUUCCUCUGCCUGCUGCUGGUGGCCAUGAUCAUCCGCUGUGCCAAAGUCAUCAUGGACCCAUACAGCGCCAUCCCCACGUCCACCUGGGAGGAGCAGCAUCUAGACGACUAGCAUGACUUGCAGGUCUGCACACACAGACGUUCAAAUUACGGAUGCAAUUCCUCAACCUCAUGCAGAUCCAGGACUUUUGUUUCUAAACACAUACAGUAUCUCACAAAAGUGAGUACACCCCUCACAUUUUUGUAAAUAUUUGAUUAUAUCUUUUAAUGUGACAGCACUGAAGAAACGACACUUUGCUACAAUGUAAAGUAAUGAGUGUACAGCUUGUGUAACAGUGUAAAUUUACUGUCCCCUCAAAAUAACUCAACACACAGCCAUUAAUGUCUAAACCAAUGGCAACAAAAGUGAGUACACCCCUAAGUGAAAAUGUCCAAAUUGGGCCCAAACUGUCAAUAUUUUGUGUGGCCACCAUUAUUUUCCAGCACUGCCUUAACCCUCUUGGGCAUGGAGUUCACCAGAGCUUAACAGGUUGCCACUGGAGUCCUCUUCCACUCCUCCAUGAUGACAUCACGGAGCUGGUGGAUGUUAGAGACCUUGUACUCCUCCACCAUCCAUUUGAGGAUGCCCCACAGAUGCUCAAUAGGGUUUAGGCCUUUAGACAUGCUUGGCCAGUCCAUCACCUUCACCCUCAUCUUCUUUAGCAAGGCAGUGGUCAUCUUGGAGGUGUGUUUGGGGUCGUUAUCAUGCUGGAAUACUGCAUACUGAUCAUGCUCUGCUUCAGUAUGUCACAGUACAUGUUGGGAUUCAUGGUUCCCUCAAUGAAUAGCCGUAUGAGUGCCGCCAGUAUUGCUGCAGAGGUUGAAGGGGUGGGGGGUCAGCCUGUCAGUGCUCAGACCACACGCCGCACACUGCAUCAAAUUGGUCUGCAUGGCUGUCGUCCCAGAAGGAAGCCUCUUCUAAAGAUGAUGCACAAGAAAGCUGGCAUACAGUUUGCUGAAGACAAGUAGACUAAGGACAUGGAUUAUGAGACCAAGAUAAUCUUAUUUGGUUCAGAUGGUGUCAAGCGUGUUUGGCGGCAACCAGGUGAGGAGUACAAAGACAAGUGUGUCUUGCCUACAGUCAAGCAUGGUGGUGGGAGUGUCAUGGUCUGGGGCUGCAUGAGUGCUGCCGGCACUGGGGAGCUACAGUUCAUUGAGGGAACCAUGAAUGCCAACAUGUACUGUGACAUAAUGAAGCAGAGCAUGAUCCCCUCCCUUCGGUGACUUGGCCGCAGGCCAGUAUUCCAGCAUGAUAACAACCCCAAACGCACCUCCAAGACGACCACUGCCUUGCUAAAGAAGCUGAGGGUGAAGGUGAUGGUUUAAACCCUAUUGAGCAUCUGUGGGGCAUCCUCAAAUGGAAGGUGGAGGAGCACAAGGUCUCUAACAUCCACCAACUCCGUGAUGUCGUCAUGGAGGAGUGGAAGAGGACUCCAGUGGCAACCUGUGAAGCUCUGGUGAACUCCAUGCCCAAGAGGGUUAAGGCAGUGCUGGAAAAUAAUGGUGGCCACACAAAAUAUUGACAGUUUGGGCCCAAUUUGGACAUUUUCACUUAGGGGUGUACUCACUUUUGUUGCCAGUGGUUUAGACAUUAAUGGCUGUGUGUUGAGUUAUUUUGA